UUUCCAGUUUAAUGUCUGAAUCCAAAUUCAUAAAGAGUUGGAAAAAUGAGAUGUCUGAGCUAUAGGAUUCACAGGGAUUUUAUAUGAAGCCUAUUUAAUCAGGAUAACACUGUUAUUAAUAUUCAUAAAGUCAGCUGGAACACAAAUGACAGACUAUGGAGCCUAAAAUUUUUUACUUGUGAAUUUAUUAAAAGCAGCUUAAAAAAUUAAUGGAAUUUAAGUAAAGUUGACGAAAAUUAAAAUCUUAUGUUAGCAGAAAAAAUCUAUAUUAGAACUUUGUCUAAGACCAUCUUGCAUUGAUAUCUUUGACAGAUUUCAUUGGUACUUAAAGAAGAAAGAUGCAUGAAUGGUCAUUUAAAAGGAUUUAAACACAUUGGCACAUUAAUUUUUACAUGAAUAAUAAGUAGUUUCCAAAAGCAAUUAACUUACAAUGUACAAGAUUUGAAUAGAAAAAUAGGACUGUGACAUCAAAGGGCAAAGCAAAUGUGCAGUACAUUUUAAACUUUUAAUAAUAUGACUUCUUAAAAUAAAUUUUUUCUUUUCCACAGUAGGUAAAGUAACACCAAAGGUAUUUGUGUAAAGCUUGGGUUUGUUUUGAAAUAUACCAAGAUCUAGAAAAAAAAAAUAUUUUUAUGCUGAAGUGCUGUUGGUAAAGAACAGUUUUAAGGCUUUUACAUUGAUCAAGUGCUUCUGAAUCAGCUUUCCUACAGUUUCUCUGUGUGGAAAACAGAUACAUAGUGUGUGAUUUUUCUCCCAUGCUGCUAUAUGCAGCAUUUGAAAGGAUUUCUUAUUUCUGUAGAUGACAAAACAGUUAGGUCUUAGUGUUCUUUCAUUACUGUACUUAACUAUUAAUUUCAUGUGACUGUUGCAUUUUAUAUUCAACUGAUAGGGACAUUUUCUUUUUUAUUUUCACUUUCUUUCAUGUCCUAGUAGUUUUGCACUAGCACAAGGUGGAUAAAUAAAUAGUGAAUAAGGAAAUUAGAUUUAAAAUUACCUCUAGCAUUUGUGUUAUGGUUUCAUUUUGUAUUUCCAUUUUUUUCUUGGUCUGCCAGUACACUUUAUUUUAAUCCCCAGCUUUAAUUUCCUCUCAUUAUUACACAAAUUGAUUAUUAGCAGAUUGUCUUCAAAUGAAAGUAAGCAUUUAUAAUAAUUGUAUUCAAUUUUUCUCAUGAUUCCUUGUGUGAAAACCUUAAUGACCACUUCUUAUUAUUUUUGAAAUGCUGACUUUUAACACUCACUGAAUAAUGAUGGUUCAAUAAGUUUUGGUUCUAAAAAUACCUUAUAUUCAAGGUACCUUCUGUAAAGGUAAAUCUUGAAGGACAAGGAAGUGUUGUGCACAAGUCAGCUACCUAUUGCAGUGUUUGUGUUCAGAGCAACCAGUUUAAAUACUCAGUGCCUGGAAUAUUUUGUUGUUCUGUAUCCUGACUUUUUUUUUUUUAAUUAGUUAAUCGGCACACCCUAGGGAGCCCCAAAAAUCUUCGCGUUUUACUUUGAUUGGUAGAUGACCUUAAUCUGAUAUCAACUAUUUUUUUUUAUUUUCUCUAUGUUUAAACCAGAAAAUUCCUUUUAGUCGACAGAACCUGUUUCACCUUUGAAGGCAAAGUCUGUAAAAUGAGCCUCUUGACUUCAGUCAUAAAUUUUUCCUGUGCCAUAGUCUAUUAUUUCCGGGAGAGGGCAGCAUUUUCCUAUAUCAGCUAAUCCAAAAGUAAAUGAGGAACUUAGGAAAAGAUUGCCAACUUCAAAUCAACACAGUUACAUAGAAUUGAAGAAGAAGCUUACAGCUUAAUUUGAGGGAUUCUUUUAAGGGACUCAGUGUUCUGUGAUAUGAGCUCUGAAACCUUCAAGCAAAAACUGGACUCGGUGCCAGAUCAAACAAGUUCAGAGGAACAAAUGGAGAACUGGUCAAAAGAAACACACAUCUUGAAUCAGAAAAAAGAAGACUUCUGUGUUGAACUUCAGUUUUAUAAGAAUUCUCAAAAACCCAAAGAAUUUUUUAUCCAGGCAGAAACUGAAGCACCAAAACGUUCAGAUUUGCGAGUAACCAGUCAAAGAGGAGGAGUCCUAACUGACUGUAAUUCUGAUUCUGAAGAAUCAAGCAGUGUGGAAAGAAAGGAUAACAGGACACUACCUGAAUUUAUAUCCUCAUGGAAUGAUGCUGAAGAUUUAAGUGGAAGAACAGAAACUGCAUUCCUUUUAAAAGAAUUGGACACUCUGAGGGCCAAAAAUAAAAAGCUUCAAGAUAAGCUGGCUGAAAAGGACAAGGAGCUGAAGACAAUGAAACUGGACUUAGAAUUGCAAGACAGAGCUACAGAAGCUAAGAUUGCAGAAAGGAUUGCAGCUCUGGUGGAAGAAGUUUAUUCUGCUCAACGGGAACGUGAUGAGGCUGUCAUGGCAAGGCUUAGGUUGGCCAAUGAAGAGAGAGAUGAAGCAUUUCUGCGAGUCCAGCGUUUAGAAGAGUCUCUCAAAGAGCUAGAAAAUAUUAACCCUGAAGAAAAUGACAUGACAUUACAGGAAUUACUGAACAGAAUAAACAAUGCAGACUCAGGGAUAGAUAUACUGAAGAAUGGAGCUAUAAUUCUGAACCGAAUACACAGGACCAAAGAACGUAAAAAGAAAAUAAUAGCUGAGGAAAUGAAUGCAGUAAUAGAACAACGGGAUGCUGCUUUAUCUCAAUGCAAACGGCUGGAGCAGGAGCUUCAUCAUCUGAAAGAGCAGAACCAGACUUCAGCAAACAACAUGAGACAUAUGACUGCUGAAAACAAUCAAGAACGUGCUCUGAAGGCAGAAUUGAUAGCUUUGCAACAAGAAAAGGAAGGUGCUCUUCAACAGUGCAAAAAACUAGAAGAAGAAAUCCAAACAUUGCGUGUUUAUUACAGAUUAUACAAGUCUUUGUGUGAAGGGACGAGUCUGAAGAACCAGCCUAAUUGUGCUUUCAGUACUUCUGAAGGUGGACUGCAGGGAAGGGAGGAUGUUGUGACCCUAACCCAUGGCCAGGUUGAAGAGCUGGCAGCCCAGCUGCAGCAAACUCGAUUGGAGCAAAAGGACACUGAGCUGAAGCUCCAGAAAGCCCUGGAAGCUUCACAGGAGGCCAAUGAAAAAGUUCAAAAGUUGGAAAGGCUGGUGGACGUCCUGAGGAAGAAGGUUGGAGCAGGGACCAUUAGGACCGUGAUCUGAUUGAAAGCUCCAGUCUAAGGAAGCUUUCACAUCUGGUGACCAGGCUGCUUCAUUCAGCACUGUGUAAACACUGAAGCCUUAACUUAGCAAACAGUUGUUAGAAGUGGGACACUCCAGCGACAUUCCAAGCUGAGAUAAAAUCAAAUCAUAAAUGUUUAACUACUUUGCUGCCGAGUUCUGUGAUUUGUUAAAAUGUUUCACUGCAAACAUAUGUUUGUUUUUAACCAAAUGCAUUGUGGCACAGUGUAUUGUGAAAAAUUAUGUAGAUGCUCAUUUCAACAGUCUGUCCUCUCAGUGUUAAGACUAUAGUCUGCUGCAAGGCACAGCAUGGUCGUUUUUUAAAUACUGCAGGCUUCAGGUUCAAAAUGCUGCAAAGCAGUUUCAAAAUUUAAAUCCCUUAUUUUAUUUGUUAGGCUCCAAAUAGUCCAUUAUUUGCAUGUUAAAUAUAUUAAUUGAUAAAGUAGA